CUUCAAAAAAGGUCUUGUUUGCAGACUUUGUCUUGGAGCUCAGAGGAAACAUACUGGUGGCUUAAUGGUGCUCAGAAGACCUUAACUUUUUUUUUAUUUCACCCCCAAAUAAGAAGAAUCACAUGUCUAGAAGUUAGGCAUGAUGAUUUUAAUACAGAGAAGGAAUUUUUUUAUUUUUUCACUUUUCAUAGGGCAGUUUCUAGCUGUACAAGCUCAAGAUGAAGAAAGUGGGGAAACAGAAGGUUUGGCCUGCAAGCAAGGGGACAAGAUUUACAUGAAUCAAGAUGUUUGGAAACCAUCUGCAUGUCAAAUAUGUGUCUGUGACAGUGGUGCCAUUUUGUGUGAUAAUAUCCAGUGCCCUGAAAUUGUAGACUGUGACAAUCCUGAGGUCCCAUCUGGAGAAUGUUGCCCGGUGUGCAGAUUUGGAGAUCGUCCCAAUAAUCCCAGUAGAGGAUUAAAGGGUCAAAAGGGAGAUCCUGGAGAUGUGCCUGCUGUAUCUGGAAUUCGUGGACGGCCAGGGCCUGCUGGACCUCCAGGAUCACAAGGACCUAGAGGAGAUAGAGGACCAAAGGGAAAACCUGGUUAUCGGGGUCCUGCUGGAAUUGAUGGAGAACCUGGUAUUCCUGGACAGCCUGGUGACCCUGGACCACCUGGACACCCCUCCAUUCCAGGAACUCAUCCACUUCAGUCCCAAAUGCAAGGAGGCUUUGAUGAAAAAUCUGGACUUGGUUCCCAAAUAGGACUAAUGCCCGGUUCAUUGGGACAACCUGGACCAAGAGGCCCACAGGGUGUGCCUGGCAACCCGGGUGGAAUGGGUCCUCCAGGCCCUCCUGGUGAAGUCGGUGAACCAGGAGGUAUGGGCUCACCAGGUCCACGUGGCCCUGAAGGUCCUCUAGGAAAACCAGGUGAAGAUGGAGAGGCAGGAAGAGCCGGACAGACAGGCGAAACAGGAUUCCCAGGAUCUACUGGGGCAAGAGGAUUUCCUGGUGCUCCUGGGCUUCCUGGACUAAAAGGACACAGAGGUCAUAAAGGUCUGGACGGUCCAAAAGGUGAAAUUGGAACAGCCGGGUCAAAGGGAGAAUCAGGUCCUACUGGUCCAAUGGGUACUAACGGUCCUUCGGGACCAAGGGGAAUGCCUGGUGAGAGAGGACGUAUGGGAUCUCAAGGUGUACCAGGUGCAAGAGGUGCUAAUGGGCUUUCUGGAGCAGCUGGAGCUAUAGGGCCCAUAGGUUUAAAUGGUGCUGCAGGAUUUCCUGGCAUCCCCGGAACAAAGGGUGAAGCUGGACCAACAGGAGCACGAGGCCCUGAAGGACCCCAAGGAUCAAGAGGGGAGACUGGAUCACAAGGACCAGCUGGUUCAUCAGGUCUUCCAGGUGCCCUUGGAACUGAUGGCACGGGUGGUGCUAAAGGACCUUCUGGUGUUCCUGGUGUUGCAGGUUCUCCUGGCCUUAUAGGACCACCUGGAUCUCCAGGACCUCAAGGAAGUACUGGAGCACCUGGUAUUCGUGGCUCAGCGGGCGAUCCUGGUGUUGCUGGUUUUAAAGGUGAAGGUGGUCCCAAAGGCGAACCUGGUCCCCAUGGUCCACAAGGCGCAAUUGGUCCACAAGGAGAAGAAGGUAAAAGAGGUCCCCGUGGAGACACAGGAUCAAUUGGGCCACCAGGCCCAGUUGGAGAAAGGGGUGCACCUGGUAAUCGAGGCUUCCCUGGAUCAGAUGGUUUACCUGGGCCUAAGGGAGCUCAAGGUGAACGUGGAAUUGCAGGAACCUCGGGACCUAAAGGGGCUACUGGGGAUCCUGGUCGUCUUGGAGAGCCAGGACUUCCUGGUGCCAGAGGUUUGACUGGAAAUCCAGGAGUCCAAGGUCCAGAGGGAAAGCCAGGUCCACUGGGAGCUUCUGGAGAAGAUGGCCGUCCAGGUCCUCCUGGUCCAAUUGGAAUUCGUGGUGAAACUGGUACCAUGGGGCCUGCAGGCCCAAAAGGCAACAGUGGAGAUCCUGGCAAGCCAGGUGAACAAGGCAGUGCAGGAGUUCCUGGACAAAGGGGAGCUCCUGGAAAAGAUGGUGAAGUUGGCCCAUCUGGUCCUGGUGGUCCAUCUGGACCUGCAGGAGAGAGAGGGGAACAAGGGUCACCAGGUCCUACAGGAUUCCAGGGAUUACCAGGUCCACCAGGUCCUCCUGGAGAGACUGGGAAGCCAGGUGACGAGGGAGUUCCUGGAGAUUCUGGAGCUGCAGGUCCCCUUGGUCCAAGAGGAGAGCGUGGUAAUCCCGGUGAAAGAGGAGAACCAGGCGCUUCAGGACUUCAAGGUGAAAAGGGUAUGGCUGGAGGUCAUGGACCUGAUGGACCAAAGGGAAGUCCAGGUCCAACUGGAACAUCUGGAGAUGUUGGACCACCUGGUCUGCAAGGUAUGCCUGGAGAAAGAGGGAUAGCUGGAACAUCAGGCCCAAAAGGUGACAGAGGCGGUAUGGGAGAAAAAGGUUCUGAAGGUACAGCUGGCAAUGAUGGAGCAAGAGGUCUUCCUGGUCCACUCGGACCAUCUGGUUCUGCAGGCCCAUCAGGUGAAAAGGGUGAGCCUGGUCCAAGAGGUGUGAUGGGUCCAGUUGGGUCACGUGGAACUCCUGGCUCUCGAGGAGAAAAUGGUCCCACCGGUCCUGUUGGUUUUGCUGGUCCACCGGGACCUGAUGGACAACCUGGAGUGAAAGGAGAACCUGGAGAGUCUGGUCAAAAAGGGGAUGCUGGAUCUCCUGGUCCUCAAGGUCUUUCUGGAUCUCAUGGGCCACAUGGACCUCAUGGUGUGAAUGGACUAAAGGGUGGUAGAGGAACACAAGGACCCCCGGGAGCAACAGGAUUUCCUGGUUCGGCUGGCAGAGUUGGACCUCCUGGGUCUGCUGGAGCUGUGGGACCUCCUGGUCCUAUUGGUGAUCCAGGCAAGGAAGGUCCACCAGGUAUUCGUGGUGAGCCUGGCGCACAUGGUAGAAUUGGAGACAGAGGUCCUGCUGGCCCCUCUGGAAGUCCUGGUGAUAAAGGAGACUCUGGAGAUGAUGGACAGCCAGGUCCUGAUGGUCCACCAGGUCCAUCUGGAACAACAGGUCAAAGGGGUAUAGUUGGCAUGCCCGGGCAAAGAGGAGAAAGAGGAAUGCCAGGUCUUCCAGGGCCAGCUGGAUCCCCUGGAAAACUUGGUCCCACUGGUUCUUCUGGAGAGAAAGGUCCAUCUGGUCCCAUUGGUAUUCCAGGUGCUAAUGGUCCCGUUGGAGAGCCAGGUGCAGAGGGUCCUUCUGGUAACGAUGGUGCCCCUGGACGAGAUGGAGCUCUUGGAAAACGUGGUGAUCGUGGUGAUCCUGGACCUGAAGGCCUAGCUGGAUCUCAAGGUGCUCCAGGAACAUCAGGACCCGUAGGUGCACCAGGAGAAGCUGGACCAAGAGGUGAAAUAGGAUCCCGUGGUCCCAUGGGUCCUCCAGGUAGAGCUGGAAAACGAGGCUUUCCGGGGCCCCAAGGACCACGUGGAGACAAAGGAGACAAUGGUGAACGUGGAGAAAGAGGACAAAAGGGACACAGAGGUUUUACUGGUUUGCAAGGUCUUCCAGGUUCACCUGGUAUUAUUGGAGAACAAGGUGCUACUGGUCUUCCUGGUCCUUUCGGCCCCAGAGGUCCACCUGGUCCAACUGGGCCUCCAGGUAAAGAAGGUAAUCAUGGAUCAAGUGGACCGAUUGGACCUCCAGGACCAAGAGGGACUGUUGGUGAAGCUGGGCCAGAGGGCCCCCCUGGUGAUGCUGGUCCACCAGGCCCCCCUGGACCCCCAGGCCUUCUAACAGCUGCCUUAGAUGAUCUAUUAGGUGGCUAUGAUGAUACUAUGCCAGAUCCUCUUCCAGAAUUCACUGAAGAUGAAGCAGCAGGGGAUGGUAAAAAGAAUGAUCCAGGUGUUCAAGCGACUCUAAAAUCACUAAGCAGCCAAAUAGAGACAAUGCGUAGACCUGAUGGCUCUAAGAAGAAUCCAGCACGCACAUGUGAUGAUCUGAAACAAUGUCAUUCUUCAAAGAAAAGUGGAGAGUACUGGAUAGAUCCAAACCAAGGCUGCUCUGAAGAUGCCAUCAAGGUUUAUUGUAAUAUGGAAACAGGGGAGACUUGUAUAUCAGCAAAUCCUGCCAAAAUACCUAUUAAGACCUGGUGGACUGGUAAAGGGGGAGAUAAUUUCAAGCCCAUAUGGUAUGGUGUGGAUAUGAAUAAAGGAGCACAGUUCGUCUAUGGAGAAAGCGAUUCCCCAAAUACCGCUGUCACGCAAAUGACCUUUUUGCGUCUUCUGUCAAAAGAGGCUUCCCAAAAUAUUACCUAUUAUUGUAAAAAUGCAAUUGGAUAUUUGGAUGAGAAAAAUCAGAAUCUAAAGAAAGCUGUCAUUCUUAAAGGUGCAAAUGAUCUUGAUAUUAGAGCAGAAGGGAACAGCCGUUUCAGAUAUACAGUUUUGGAAGACACUUGUUCGAAACGCAGUGGAAAUGCAGGCAAGACUGUCUUUGAAUACAGAACACAAAAUGUGAAACGCCUACCCAUUAUCGAUAUUGCCCCUGUGGACGUUGGCGGUGCAGAUCAAGAAUUUGGAGUAGACAUUGGGCCAGUUUGCUUUUUGUAAAUCACCAACAGAACAAUCUAAAAACUUUAGGUGACUGACGUUAUCCUGAGACUCUUGAAAAUAAUAGCUGGCAACACCAGCACUGUACAUACAGGUUUCCAUGAAUUGCCAUUUUGUUAAUUGCCUGACCUACCACCAAGUAUUUAUUUUACAUUUUUUUUAUUCAAGAGCAGAAAUACUGUAAAAGGACCAACGUUUCUUUAUAGUUUUCAUUUGCGGUUAAUUCUUUCAUAUUUAGGAGUGAUCCAGCAUCUAAUUGGGAAAUGUAUAGCCAAUGUUCUAAUGUUUACAUCAAUGCAUGCCCAAUAUCUUGACAUGUGAAGCUACAUUUUUAGAUUUUACUUGUCCAUGUCUAAAAAUGUGUUUUAAGGCACCAUUGUUUUACUUUGGAUCCAGUUCAUCAAGCUUUAUAUUUUACUUUGUACAAUUAGUGGUAAAUAAGCUAAAACACUGACAUAUUUGGUAAAAGCCAUAUGUCAGUAUUGGGGUCCUUUCCCAAUUUGCCAAAUCCACAUUGCCUGUGAAUAUUCUUCCCCAAGGUUUCCAUUGUAUCUGUACCAUUCACAGUGUUCAUAUUUUGAUGAAUUGGUUGGUUUGGCGCAGGUUUCUGGAUAGUUUUAGAUGUCAAUAUUUAUUAUUGUCAUUUUGGUUGUGAAAGAUUUCAUAAACCUACAAGGUUAUUUCUAUUUUCAGCAAUCGAUCACUUUACACAUUAUACGUAUGGACAGAUUAGUAAUACAUUUACCAUUCAAUCGAAAUUGUUGUACAAAAUACUGUAAAAAUUGGUUACAAAGCUUGAUGGAUUUUUGAUAUCUCUUUUCGUAUUAUAGUUUAUCUGUAAUGCAAAGACAUUGAAGUGAAAGUCAAGGCACCAGAAUAAAAUUCAUUAGAGAAACUAAUAUCUAUGUCCAUUAAUAAAUCUUCACUUAUAAAAUUAAAUAGUAGAAGUAACAAUACAUGUUCCUUUAAAAUCAGGCCACAUAUUCUUGUUGGUCUUCUCCCUUUUUUAAAAGAUGCAGCCCUAUAGGGAUCACUGCAGAGAUUUAACCUGAUAAUAGACAUGGAACUGGGGCGAGGGGGGGGGGGGGUACUAUGCUAUUAAUAACCCUUUAUUAGUGGAGGGAAUAGUGCUAAUGUCACUGAUGUGUUGCAUUGCCCAGUGUAUCUGCCCCUGAUCAUUGGUGGCACUAUUAGAGACAAAAAUGUUGCAAUUUACUUGCUUGUCUCCACUUCAUUACAUAAGAAAUGUUCCCCAGAUUGGGACUCAGAUUUAGUGCCUGUUAUAGCAUGAGUGUUGACUGCAGAGUAAUAACAUAAAAGGUAAGGUGUAUUAAUUAGAGCCAAAGUGUUGAUGAAAAAAUAUUGCUAUGACUUUCACUUUAUAUAAGUAUGUAUAAACAUAUGAUAUUCAAUGUGGUGCAGAAUGAAAAAAAAUAUAGAAAUAUUUAUUUACGAGUUUUAUAGGCAAGUUUUUUUUAUUUACAUGUCUUUUUUAAGUACACAUACCAUAUCACUCGAAAAAAAUUGAUUUAAAAAAUGAGGGAAUAUAUCCAUAACACAAACAAACUGUUAUGUACAGUUGAUGAAUCAUAUUUUCUUUUUUUACCCACAACAAGAUGUCAGGUACAAUAGGAUCAAACAUUUCAUAGCAUAAGCUACCUCAUCUCGUGAUGCUGGGAUGCAUUUAAAAUACAUUUGUUUCUUGUUGCAUAUAAAAAGGUGCUGUGCUGUUGUUGUAAAGAGAAUAGGGAAAGUCCAAAAAAUGUCUGAUGGUGCUAAAAAUUCCUUUUGUAAAGUCCUGAAUAAAUAAAAAAUUUACAGUUGCCCGUAAAGGAUAUUAUUUUAUACAUUUAAUGUGCUUUUCAUACUCUUUAUUAAGUACAUGCUCUGUACAUAUAUAUAAAUAUUAGCUUUGCUUUAA